GGUAAGUAAAGUAGCAUUCAGAUGUCAGUGUAGACAGAGGAGGAGAGAGGGGAGGCAGGGCGAUCGAAGAAUAGGCGUUAACGCAUUCAAGCUCUGUCCAGACUUGAGGGUCACCUGUUAGGCGCAAGACAUGAGCCAUCCAAAUGAGAAAGAUGCCUCCGGCACAACCGAAAGUAAACCUAAAUCGCCCAUGCUUUCCUCAUACUGCAUCGAAAGCAUACUCGGCCGAAGAAGUCCCCUCAAAGUCAGACUCACUGGAAUGCAAAGUUUACCAAUGCUGCUGACUGGGAGUGCGGAGCAUAAUGCGCCUUUGGAAGGUAAGACAAUAUGUUGUAAGUUGACUGCUACCUUUCACUAUAACCCAUAUGCAAUUAUAGAAAACAUCUCCAAAUGUAUAUUGCAUUUGCAGCUAAACACACUUGCAUUUUAUUUAAUGUGGCGAAUGGCCUUUGCAAUUAAAGUACAUUUCAUUAGGCCUAUGUUGUUUUAAAGAAGCCUAUGCCCUAUAGACAACAUUACCUUAUAAAAAAGGGCUAUUAUAAUGUGAUGAAACGUAUCAUAUUGCAUGUUGCGCUGUUGAUUAUUUAUAAAUUCCUUAAAAUAAACGAUCUCUCUUUGCAGCCUCUCAGAAAGAUGCGGACAUGCACCUGCCUACCAAGUUGCGGCGUCUGUAUGGCCCAGGGGGAAAGCUCAUGGACUCCAGACGGGGAAUUCACGAGCAUGAGGAGCAAGAAGACAGGGAGCGUCCUCUAGACAAAGUCUACGAAAAUUUGAAAAUCACUCAGGCGCCACAAGUUAGCAUCAGCCGCAGUAAAUCCUACAGGGAAAAUGCGUCCCACAGUCAGAGCGAGGAAGAUCAGAACCUCGGGCGAGGGACAGAGGAGCACGCGGAACUUAGCGCCGUAAAGUUCGAGGAGGACACUGGCAAGGAGCACAUCUGCGAAGAAAUAGAAAUGUCCCCAAAGAACGGAGAGAGUUUGCACAUCAAUGGAGAUGUAAAAGACGGAGAGGACAGCGUCUGCCUCUCAGCUGGCAGUGACUCAGAGGAGGGGAUGCUAAAGCGAAAACAGAGGAGAUACAGGACUACGUUUACCAGUUAUCAGCUUGAGGAGCUGGAGAGAGCUUUCCAAAAGACGCACUACCCCGAUGUGUUCACGAGGUAGCAUUCUCAUUUGCCAGCACUUAUCAGUUAUUUUUACACUAUGAAAAUCUGUUGCAUAUAUGCCUAUAGGCCUAUUGUCAUAAAAAUAAAAAAAAGAGCUCUUAAAAAUUGAAGAAAAAAAAUUUGAUAAUCCAAAUAGGAAGUCUAGAGAUAUGAUUCGAAAGUGAGCCUUUCUUAAUGGUCAAUUCUUGCAUUGAGGUGAUUAAAAAUAUAUUAUUGUUUGGCUUAGAAAUGUAAGAAUAUGAAACAUCUUUUAUCAUUACAUUUGAGCAUUAUCAGAAGAGUAAUAUUGUUCAUUACAUUAUUAUUAAUAAUUAUUAUAAAGCAGUCAUAUUACGCAAUAAUAAUAAUAAUAAUAAUAAUAAUAAUAAUAAUACAUGUAAUACACUAACAAUAUAAAUCACACACAACAAAACGAAAUAUUAAAAGAUGUGUGUGCGCAACAAUUCCUAUCAAGGAAUAGAAUAACCGUUUAAACCAAUUGUAAUGAUUUACAUUUUAGUUAUUUAGCAGACGCUCUUAUACAGAGCGACUUACAGUUAGUGAGUGCAUACAUUUUUCAUACUGGCCGCCCGUGGGAAACGAACCCACAACCCUGGCGUUGCAAGCGUCAUGCUCUACCAACUGAGCUACAGGGGACCUGCACAUAGUCGUUCUCAUUUGAAUUAUUAUUAAUUAUUAUUGUGGAUUUUAUUAUCGAUAGUCUAAUUGUGGUUGCCAAAAAGAUUUCCCAAAAAGAUUUGUACAAAACGUUUAAAUUCUUGAUGUCAGUUGAAGUUGGCUGCUACAGAUAAAAAUGUUUGCUAAAUGGCAGAGCAAGUUGUUGGCAUAAUUGCAUCUUUACAAAAACAUAUUUGUGAGAUUGUAUAUUUAUUGCUUGAUUCACAAAGGAAAAUUUGGAAGAAUAUUCAUGGCUCUUGGUAGAGGUAAUGUAGGCACAAUUUAUAUUAUUUAUUUUCAAAGAAGCCUACGCACAUAGCCUAAUCCAACGACGAUAUUGAUUUAAUAUAAUGUGAAUUGUAUCGUUAUCAUUUAAGCUUGUAUUACUGUCAUCAUUGGAUUUGGAUUUGUACGAGGAAAGCUAUGAUGAUAACUGAAUAUCAUGUGCAAUUUUUUCUUCUUUCAAUUUAGGGAGGAGUUAGCGAUGCGGUUGGAUCUCACUGAGGCGCGUGUGCAAGUGAGUGUCAAUUAUUAUUAGUUCAUAUUUUACAUUAUUAUGACCAGCCGACAAUAGCCUAUUAGUGCUAUUCAUUCUACUACCAUAUUUAAAUUCGACAACAUGCAACAUUAUAGGGUAGCCUAUAUUAACGUUAAUUAUAAUAACAUUUUAUAUUAUAGACCUAAUUGUAUAUUAUGAUUAUUAUUAUUAUUACUACAUUUGUAAUACAUUUGUAAUACAGUUCACUUUAGACAUGCAGCGAGAGCAGUGGCGAUUUUAGCAUGUAAAUCUUGGUGGGGCAAAAGAUAAAUAAAAGUGGGAUGCAUGCCAGCAAAGCCACAACGCAACACUAAACAAUACAUUAAUUGCAAUAUAACGGUAACAAACGGUGCUCACAAACUGUUACGGCUUACAUAAAGCUGUCCCAACAGCAGUCCCAACAUCUUACCACUGCUACACCUGGCUAUCAGCGGAGCCUUGUCCGGCAGCGAAACAGUUCAUUCAGCCUCAUUUACUGCCUUUAAAAAAAACAUAUCUGAUAUGGCUGACUUGCUUAAACAAAUGUGGUUUCUAAUGACAAUUGAGAUGUACAAACUAUGGCAUAAGGGAACGACAAACGGAUAAGAGGCAAUCCGUAAUUGCCAUUAAUGAGCGAGCUAGGACGGACUAUUUGUUUAGCGCUUUUGAAAUGUACAGCGACAUAAUUCAGAACAUGGGCCAUUCUUACAGUAUUCUCCCUGUACACCAAGUCAGAACCGUAGGAUACAUAAAAGGGGCAUAUAAGCAGACAAUGAAAGCUCUUACAAUAUUCGAUGAUUACAUUUAUCUAAAACAGGUUAUAGGCUACAUGUGCACCACCAAGUCAGAACAGUAGGCGAAAUUAAGAGGGGGUAAAUAUACCAAAUUAUUAGGGUGAGGCACAUGGGCUACUAACAUCUUACUACACAACAUACACUUAGUAUUACUUUCUUAGCUACAGUAUAUAUAUCUCCCUGGCAUAUUACAUAAUUUAUGCAGCAGCAUACAAUACAUUUUUGGACUCACCUUGUUGUGCUGUGCUCACUUGAACAGGAAGGUGGCCCUUCGUGGGCAAAUUUUGUCAUCAAAGAAAGAGAAAGAGGCCGGAUUUACAAUUUCAAGUUUGAUGACCAUUCAAAACGUAUUUUCCCAGUUGGAGCUCGUUUAAUCCCGAUUUCCCAGUUGUCUUGAACUCACUGAAGUCAAGUUUUCGCAGUUCUGAGUUAACAGUUGUUUUGAGCACUGCACAAAUCAUGUUUCAUUGACAGCAUGGCCAAUGUUGAAUGUUUAUCAUUUUAAAUUUGGAAAAGAGCCCCUUAAUCCCAGAUUUGGGACCACACAGCCACUCCACUGAAUAGCAGGCUAGUGAUUGCUUUGCAAUGCUUGCAGUUAGCCACUGUCACCAAUUCCUUCCAAACCACUCAUUGUUGAAUUUGCGAUUUCCAACUUGUUGUGUAAUGUUUAUGUCCAAUGAUGAGCACCAAUACGUUUUAUCUAUAAUUUCUCUUCAUUAUUUCUCUUCAUAUGGCAAGGAUUAAAAAGGAUUUGCCAGUAGAUUGUCGACUUGAUUCAUGAUGAUGACUGCUAGCUAAGAUUUUGAAAGUAUGAUGUUGACAUGAUCAGUCCAAUCAAAGCUACUGUAGACAUAACGUGAUUUGACAUCAUUUUAUCUGUGGCCAAUGACCUUGAGCCUUCUUGGAUGGGCACUUCUAAUGUAACUAUAUGGCAGCACCCAAGGGGCUUCAAUUUUCGAGCGCUACCCUUAGACUAGGCGGUGACUUUAGUGCCCCAUGAGUGACAGAACACUGAGCCAAUCACGGCGCAACUAGAGAACAUUACCAACACCUACGCUCCGUAUUUUCCGCUGGCUGCCCCACAACCACAGAAAGCACUGAGCUAGGCUGAAACACCUGCAUUUUGGAGCUGCCUUACUUAAGAAAACAAAAAAGAGACCAUGUUUGUAUGCAGCUUUAUUAACUCAAUUAUAUAUAUUUUUACAUUGUUUGCAAACUGAUAUGUGACACGUAUUAAUGCCAAAAUAACAUGCAAAACAGGCAAGCCCCCCCCCCCAAAACCCCCCCCCCCCCCCCACCUGCCCUGAAUGAUGGGUCGCCACUGAGCGAGAGGAGAAAUUAUUCAAACACACCAGAAAAAUGAAUUUGCUUCAGGGCGUUCAUGACUGUAUGGUGCACUUAACAGUGCAAACAGAGCCAGUGUUGACGAAAGUGACAUCCUUGCAUAGCAGUGGCGGGGUAAUGCUAUUUGAUUUCCCAUCCUCUUAUUGUAAUAGCCGUGCAUUGAUCCGAUUUCUCACACCUUAAAUGAGAUAGACGCCAUUGUAAGUGUUAGCUACACUACCAUCCUCAUAUAGAACAUUGCUUACAUUUUGAAACUUGAGUCUCAACCUUAGAUACCAGACUACGCAUUUACCCCUCCCCCCCAUGUCACUCGCUUCGGAGCUGUAGAUGAGCAAAUCACUCUAUGGAGAGGUGAUAAAACCUUGUAAAUUCCAUAUGUUUCAUUUUGUAGCCAGUGUCAAGUCUGAAUGGGAGGGGAACCUGGUUGCACAUUCCCUCCCUCUCUGUUCUCUUCACUGUCUCCACACUAGUUGAUUUACUUUCAAUUUGCACAGAAUCUGCUUUAUUGUCAUGUCCAAACUGCAAUAAAUAAAAAAUUAAUAAAUAGACAACUGUUACCCAACAUUUUGAAAUAAACAAACCCUAACCCCAACCCCAGGUCUAAUGGUCUUUCUCUUCCUCCCUGUAAGGUGUGGUUCCAAAACCGCCGAGCUAAGUGGCGGAAGCGGGAGAAAGCUGGGGUUCAGACUCACCCCCCGGGACACCCCUUCUCUGGACCCCUGGGUGCAGCACACCACCUGAGCCACUACCUGGAGGGAAGUCCUUUCUCGCCCCACUCUCACCCCUCCCUGGAGUCUGCCUGGACUGCUGCUGCCACCUCGUUCCAGGGUCUGACCCAGCCCCUCGCCAGCUCUGCCGCCCCCCUGGGAUUUGGCCCCUUCCUGGGAGCAGCCAUGUUUAGACAUCCCACCUUUAUUAGCCCCUCCUUUGGAAGGUGAGCACUGCCAACAACUCUACAUUAGUAAGGCUGCAACUGAUUGGAGUGGUACCAUCUGGACUGUAUGUCUAAUUCAUUAUUACUAACUUUUCUCUCGUUCCCUGUCAUCUUCUGUAUCUUCCCUCUCUCUUCCAACCUUCUCGCUCUCUCUUUCUCCAUCGGCAGACUCUUCUCUAGCAUGGGUCCUCUGACACUCUUACGCCAGCCCAUACCUGCGGUAGAGACUCCAGUCCAGCCCCCGACGGCAUUGUCAGAGCCUUCCCCCUCCUCGCCUGUGGACCGCCGGGCCUCCAGCAUCGCAGCACUGCGGCUCAAAGCUAAAGAGCACUCAGCUCAGCUGACACAACUUAACAUCCUUCCUUCCAGCAUGACUGGGAAGGAGGUGUGUUGAGAGACAUCAAACUCCCUCCAAUUCCCUCUACAUGGAGCAUGAGUCAUGACCAAAGGACUAGCAGCUUAGAAGUGGUAUAGCACAACAAAACCUUAUCUAAACUCCUCCCAAGUUAGUUGUCCCAAGGUUCUGUUAGUCCACACUCUCCACAACAGUGAAACAUGCUUUCCUCAUGAACUGAAGAAGAGAGAAUAAAAAAAAAUUGGGCUCCCUGCCCUUUGACCCUCAGGAAUGACCCAUUAGCAGCCUCUCACAGGGUGCUACGCAGUGUUUCCCAAUUCCGGUCCUCGAGUACCCCAAAUCUCACAUUUCUGUUGUAGCCCCGGACAAAAACACCUGAUUCAACUUGUCAAGGGCUUGACAAUUAGUUGACAACUAGAAUCAGGUGUACUUGUCUGGGGCCACAACAAAAAAAUAGGUACUGUUGGGCAUCCUCGAGGACCGGAGUUAGAAAAACACUGUGCUACAGGCCA